GGCGGCACAGAGCAGGGAGCUGCAGGUUGGCUUGCUCUCAGGUCACUGAGAAAAUGCUGAAGAGCUGUGCCAGGUACCCAGAGUGAGGAGGAAGGGAGAUGAGGAUGAAGCUUACUGCAUCCUGGCCCAGCAAAUGGACCUGGUUCUUGGGGUAGAAGGACACUUCCAUCCUUCAGUUGUUACUCCCUGCACUGCAUGAUUAAACGCCGGCAUCGUUUCCCCAUCGUGGCAUCCCUGCUCUCAUUAUCUCAGGGCCCUCUAUCUCCCCUCCCAUCUUCAAAGUGCUGCCCUUGGAGCCAACGCCUGCUCAGAGCUUUGCGGGGCUUUACCAGAGUCCUGGAGCUAGCAGGAUCCAGGGGCGAGGCCCAGCCUGCCUUCCUGAGAGCCACCACAAGACUUGCUGGGACCCGUGCUGACCCUCACCACGCACAAUGACAACAAGAGAUGGACCACAGGACAGGUACAAGGCUGUCUGGUUGAUCUUCUUCAUCCUCGGCCUGGGAACGCUGCUGCCAUGGAAUUUCUUCAUGACUGCCAGGCAGUAUUUCAUCGACCGCUUGGCAGACCCACAGAACACAAGCUGCCUCUCAAACCAGACCAGCAUGGGCACUGCCUCAGAACUCUCCUACCUGCAGUCUAUGUUUGACAACUUCAUGACUCUCUGCUCCAUGGUGCCCCUCCUCAUCUUCACCUGCCUCAACUCCUUCAUCCAUCAGCGGAUUCCCCAGCAGAUCCGCAUCUCGGGCAGCCUGGUGGCCAUUGGGCUGGUGUUCUUAAUCACUGCAAUUAUGGUGAAGGUCACCAUGGAGCCUCUUCCCUUUUUUGUCUUCACCAUGAUCAGCAUUGUCUUCAUCAACUCCUUUGGCGCCAUGCUGCAGGGCAGCCUCUUUGGUCUGGCCGGCCUCCUGCCUGCCAGCUACACAGCUCCCAUCAUGAGUGGGCAGGGCUUGGCAGGCAUCUUCGCAGCUUUGGCAAUGAUAAUCAGUAUCAGCAUUGGUGCUCAGCAACCAGAGAGUUACAUUGGUUACUUCACCACGGCUUGUGUGGCAAUUCUGCUGGCUGUCGUCUCCUACAUCCUUCUACCUCGCAUGGAUUUCUUCCGGUACUACUCCAUGAAGGACAAGACAGAGUACCGUGUGUACAACGCAGAGCUGGAGACCAAGAGAGACCUGAUUAAGAAAGAUGAGCCCAACGGGAUGGAGCAGAAUAACUCAAAGAUCAUCCCUGUCCACAACCCGGAUGAGAAGCCCUCGGUCAUCUCCAUUUUUAAGAAGCUCUGGGUCAUGGCAGUGUCUGUCUGCUUAGUCUUCACCGUCACCAUUGGGGUCUUUCCUUCCAUCACAGCUAAGGUAUCCACUACCCUUGGAAAGGAAAACAAAUGGGAUCUCUACUUCAUCUCAGUCUCCUGCUUCCUGAUAUUUAAUGUCUUUGACUGGACGGGACGGAGUCUGACUGCUCUCUUCACAUGGCCCGGGAAGGACAGCUGCCUCUUGCCGGUGAUGGUGGUCUUACGUGUCAUCUUCAUCCCCCUUUUCAUGCUGUGCAAUGUGCAACCCCGAAACCACCUGCCCGUCAUAUUCUCUCACGAUGCCUGGUACAUCAUCUUCAUGAUCUUCUUCUCCAUCUCCAAUGGCUACCUGGCCAGCCUUUGCAUGUGCUUCGGGCCCAAGAAAGUACUUGCCCAUGAAGCAGAGACAGCUGGAGCAGUCAUGGCCUUUUUCCUGACGCUGGGUUUGGCCCUAGGAGCCGCUGUCUCUUUCCUGUUCCAAAUUCUCAUCUAGCAGAGGCACCCAGAGGGUGCAGGCAUACUAAGAUGGCUCCGCAUCCUCCUCCGAGGCCCUGGACACCUCUGUGCUGUGGGGUGAUAACACCUCACUCCUGCCCCUGCCAAAUCGCGCUGCCACAGCAGAUGUUCCAUCCAGGGACGGUUCCACUCUUCCAGGGUUGGUGUGGCUCCUGCCAUGCCUGGCUGUGUGAUGCCUUCAGGCCUAUGUGCCUUUGCCUUCCCCGUGUUGUGUGUAAAAUUCCCAGGACCUCACUGAGGUCCAUCUGCCUCCUGUGACACAGAAAUUCCCCAGCUCAAGGCCGAAAGCCAUUGCAAGCCUCCUCCUCUCCGCCAGGCAGAGCUGAAGGCUGGUAUCCAGUGUUACUCCCCCUCCUGCUCUUAUUGCAGGCAUCCUCUGCCUCUCCUCUCCCUCCCCUCAUCCUACACUGCAGCUUUUCUCCUACUGGAGACACUUGCAGAUGGGGAAAACCCCAGCCGGCCUCGCCAGCCCCACACUGCCACACCCUGGGCCGCUGGGUUUGAAGGGCGAGAGAUAUCCGUGUCCCGUCCACGCCAAGAGCCAGCACCGCGGCUCAGCAGAUGAAGAGCUGUGCACCCUUUGCUUCUCCCUGCCCCCCGCGUUCAGCCCCUACAUAACCGGUUGCUCAUUCUGCCUUUGUUCGCUCUCCUCCCCCCGCAGGAGGAAGGCGGCGGUUCCCGGCUGCGGCAGUCCCGGCCUGCCCCCGGCUGCCCCCCGCGCUCUGUAAAUGUAUCUGUAAAUGUACAGUUGCCUUUUUCUAUAAAAAGACUGAAACGUG